AUGUCAACCCCUUCGGACUGGAACACCGCUCUCGAGGUCUACACCAACACGACCGGCGUAGACCUCCUAGAGCACAGCUCCGCCAAGCACAUUGCAGAUUCCGUCUCGUCCGACGCGGUUAUAUCCGUCAUUCAAGACGAGCUCGCCCAUUGCGCGCAGUAUCGCGCUGAUAGUCCGGAAUGGGAGAAGCUGCGCCGUAAGCUUGCGGCGCUGGCCAAUGUCGUCUUCGAGUUGAACGGCGCACUUUCGGAAUCUACAACGUCGACCAUGCCUGGUGGGCAGACCGUCCUCGUUGCGAUCUGCGAUCUGACCACUGCUACCGAUGGCGUCAGUGAGACCUACGCUGCCCUCGCUGAGCUCCUCGAUAAGAUCGAGCGCUCUCUUCAACGUCUAUCCCCAUCGACCACGGCAUACAUCUUUGAUGCCCUCUUCGCAACGCUCGCAGUUCUCGCCAUAGCCUAUGACUCUGUUAAGGAAAUUCCGCGCAAAUUGAACGAUUGGACCGAAGCCAUCUUCGGGGAUGAGGACAUGAAGAAUGCGCUAUCCCAGCUGGAGAAGGUCGCCGCUCGAGGAACUGGAUUGUCUCUCGCGGGCGAACGGGCCAAGCAGAUAGGGAAGAACGCGGUUGACGGCGUGAAGAAGGGUGUUGAGAAUGUGUAUGACCUGAUGCGCGUGUCUCGAUUGGCCACCUCGAACCGUGCGGACUCGCAGUCAACUGCGAUUACGGGCACCAGCUCUCAUGAUGAUGCGGACACGGCGCCAGCCUACGACGCACCUGCACUUGAAGUACCGGUAGAAUCACUACUGGAAUCACCGCCGCCCGUCUACGCAGAGCACGCACCAGGCCUUGACGCGUCAGGGAAGCCUUGGACCCAGGACGUCGUCAGCGCGUUCAUCAGCGACCAGUGCAACACGUACUUGUCUGUCUUUAAACUCUUGGGCAUAUCGGCGCCUCAGGCGAAGGCGAUCCGUGCUUACGCCGCACCGGAUGAUCAGCCCAUUGGAGUAUCGUUCGAAGAGGGUGAACAUCUCGAGAUCUUAGGCAUGAGCCCUUCCAAAUGGAUCAUCCGCAAGGCGGAUGGUAUCGCCGGCAUUCUGCGAGGAACUGACUUCUUCCGGGCUCUUGAACUUGAGUACUUGAGUAAUCCUGGCCUGGUGGGCUUGGAGGGAGACGCGGAGAAAGUGAUUGCGCUACGUGACUAUACUGCUUCGACAACAUCUCACACGCCGGAUGAGAUCUCCUGCUCACUGGGCGAGAUUAUGGACGUUGUGAACAAGUCCGACGCGCAGUGGACGGUUCGCAAGACGGAUGGCACCAUCGGAACUGUACCAUCGGACGUCCUUCAAGUGAUCGAGACGACCGCGGUUGACUGCACCGUAGAUGAUGCGGAAAAGGCAGUCCAACUACUUCAAGAUGACUAUGCUAUGGCGCUCGAGAAGUGGGGUCCGGGCGGCGCGCCCUGUUCUGUCGAUUUUCUUCAGAACUUCACAGGCAUGUUGAACGUGAAGAAAGCGGACAUCGCUGCCGGCGACUCGAAAGACCUCGGCGGGAGUGACGCCCCUGCGUAA